AUGAACAAAGUGGACGAAAAAGCCGUUAUUGGCGAUGAACAGUCCGUGGAACAGUACGUGCUGGACCAGGGAAACUCUUCUUUUGAGGGAAAUGAACCUACAGAAGAGGAAAUGAAGAGCUUGCGCCGUGUGGCUCGAAGAAUCCCUUUGGCUUGUUGGCUUGUGGCCGUGGUGGAGUUGGCUGAAAGGUUCUCUUACUAUGGGUUAUCCACACCGUUUCAGAAUUACAUGCAAUAUCCACGUCCCAAGGGUAUUUUGAAUUUGCAGCAGCAUGGAGCUACGGCCUUGUCGUACUUUUGGCAGUUUUGGUGCUAUGUGACGCCGAUUUUUGGUGCUUGGGUGGCUGAUACUUACCUUGGGAAGUAUAAUACUAUCUGUAUUUUCUGUGUGAUUUAUAUUAUUGGCAUUUUCAUUUUAUUUAUUACGUCGCUUCCUUCGAUCGCUUCGGAAAGUGUUUCCUUGGGCGGUUUCAUUACAGCUGUCAUUAUCAUCGGUUUGGGUACGGGCGGUGUGAAAUCCAACGUUUCCCCUUUGAUCGCUGACCAGGUGCCCAAGGCAAAACCACUGAUUAAGGUUUUGAAGUCUGGAGAAAGGGUCAUUGAAGAUCCUAACCUUACCAUCCAGAACGUGUUCAUGUUCUUCUACCUUAUGAUCAAUGUGGGCUCGCUUUCUGUGAUUGCAACUACUGAGUUGGAAAGAAACGUGGACUUCUGGGCCGCUUACCUUUUGCCACUUUGUUUCUUUGUCAUUGCCCUUGCUGCUCUUUUCUUGGGUAAAAACGUUUACCAUAAAGUGCCUGUGGGAGAUAAAGUGAUUGCCAAAUCGUUCAAAUGUUCGUUUAUUGCAUUGACCAAGUUGAACUACGAUGCUGCUAGACCUUCGCUUCACCCAGAAAAGGAGUUUCCAUGGAACGAUAAGUUUGUGGAUGAAGUCCAGAGAGCUUUAUAUGCUUGUAAGGUGUUCCUUAUUUAUCCAAUCUACUGGUUAGUCUACGGCCAAAUGACGAAUAACUUUGUUUCUUCAGCUGGUCAAAUGGAGCUCCAUGGUCUUCCUAAUGAUAUCUUACAAGCCAUUGACUCCAUUACUAUCAUUAUCUUUAUUCCAGUUUGUGAAAGCAUCGUCUACCCAUUCAUUAGAAGAUUCACUCCAUUCAGAGCCAUCACAAAGAUCUUCUGGGGCUUUAUGUUUGGUGCUGCUUCCAUGGUCUAUGCUGCUGUUUUGCAGCAUUUUAUUUACAAAGCUGGACCUUGUUAUGACCAUCCAAUGAACUGUGGAUCUGAGUAUGCUGACGUACCUAACCAUAUCCAUGUCGCUCUUCAAACGCCAGCGUACUUCUUAAUGGGCAUGUCAGAGAUUUUGGCUUCCAUUACAGGUCUAGAGUAUGCUUAUACCAAGGCUCCAGUGACAAUGAAAUCGUUCAUUAUGUCGCUUUUCCUUUUGCAAAACGCUUUUGGAUCUGCUCUUGGUAUUGCGCUUUCGCCAGUUUCUGAAGACCCAAAGAUGGUCUGGACGUAUACAGGGUUGGCUGUUUCUUGUUUCAUUGCCGGAUGGGUCUUCUGGUUCUUGUUCAAGCAUUAUAAUGAUAGAGAGGAUGAGUGGAACGAUUUGGACUACGAGGCUGAAGAGAAUGCCGAUUUGGAGCCAGUAGUAUCGUUGACCAAGUCGUUCAAGUGA